AUGACAUCUGCUCCGCCGGUGAGCAGCGUUUGCCGUUGCGCUUCUAGCUCAGCUCGUGCGGCCGCGACAUCGGCGUUGUGCGCGAUUGGCGUUGCCAGCACACUCAUGGAAGCUUGGAGCGGAGUUGCCGCCGGUGGCACGUUGGAGGUCCCGGCGGUGAUCUCGUCGUGCUCGGUGGGAGGCUUUGACGUGCGCCCGGAUUUGGCUUGCGCAGCGCCCUCUUCUGCUGCUCCUUGGCCCGCUCCGGCUGCGCCGGCCAUCAUGACCUCGACGCUGCCGGCGGCGCGGUCGAUGCGCGUCCCGCGGGCAGCUGCAGACCUUGCAGGAUCCGGCGCCACCAACACCAGCGAUGGGUACUGGGGCUCUGGCACGGUGCCGAGGUAA